CAUAGGAGCCUGCAUUGGAGCAGGAUUAGCAGCUAUUUGCGGAAUAUAUGCGGCUUUUUUCAAAAAAACUGAGGUCAAUAUUCAUGAGGGAGAAAAAAAAGAAGAACUUGAUAUCUCUUAA